GCCCGCUCCGCGCUGCUUCCACCAAGUGUCUCAACACUGUGAGCGGGAUCUUUUCCAGAGGCGAGCCGCUGAAACUUGCCCAGUCUUCACAGUCUGAUUCAGAGGAGAGCCAGGAGAGCAGCGUCGGCGGCUAAAGUAGCGGGGAUCGGUCUUCUCCCCGUCACCAGACACUGAAAAAAAAAAGCCCCACUCUUCUCUGUCCCUCUCAGUCACUGUUUUCUUGUUGUUUUUUUCUUUCUUGGUCCCCGAGCUCCGCUUCUCCUCUUCUUAUUUGUUGUUGCUGCAUGCUUCGGGAGUGAAGGCGCACAGGAGAGCCGAGAACACAUGAGCUGCUCAGAGGCACAUGAGGUGUUGAUGAGUUAGGACUGAGCGCACAGCAAACACCUUGCUUGCCAUGGAAGUGUGUGUCCGGCGCAGGGGAAUGUACGGGCUGAGAGGGGGACCUGCCGCCUGAUAGCCAAAGCCUCUGUCCCAGAUAAGGGGAGCAUGCCUCAGACCUGCAGACUCACUCUCUUCGCUGCAGAGGAGUUCCCAUCAGACUGACAUUUGAACAAUUCCACAUUUCCUCCCUACCGACUACAUUUUAGCCUCGUUUGGCUUCACUGCUUUUCAAGAAAGGUGAGAGGAUCAACAAUGAGCAUCUCUGAGACCAGUUGGCUUGGACUUUUUUAAUCAGAACCUUUUUAGUCUCAACACAAACCUGCCACAAACCAUCAACAUCAGGUGCCAUGGCAUGCUCCCUGUGGAAACUACAAACCUUCUGCUGGUUUCUCAUCACACUAGCCCAAGUGCACUCCACAGAGGGGUUUAGUCGAGCCGCCCUGCCAUUCGGCUUAGUACGGAGAGAGCUGUCUUGUGAGGGUUACCCCAUUGAUCUGCGGUGUCCAGGAAGUGAUGUCAUAAUGAUUGAAAGUGCCAACUAUGGCCGAACAGAUGACAAGAUCUGCGACGCCGACCCUUUCCAGAUGGAGAACAUCAACUGCUAUCUUCCAGAUGCCUACAAGAUCAUGUCACAAAGAUGCAACAAUCGGACCCAAUGCAUUGUGAUCACAGGUUCAGAUGUCUUCCCUGACCCCUGCCCAGGGACCUACAAAUACCUGGAGGUCCAGUAUGAGUGUGUGCCCUACAAAGUGGAGCAAAAAGUUUUUCUUUGUCCUGGGACUCUGAAAGCUGUCGGUGAUCCUUCCUUUCUAUUUGAAGCGGAGCAACAAGCUGGUGCCUGGUGCAAAGACCCACUGCAAGCCGGCGACAAAAUCUACUUCAUGCCUUGGACUCCGUAUAGGACAGACACUCUCAUUGAGUAUUCCUCCCUGGAUGACUUCCAAAACGCCCGGCAAACCAUCACCUACAAGCUGCCCCACCGAGUGGAUGGAACUGGAUUUGUGGUCUACGACGGGGCCGUGUUUUUCAACAAGGAACGUACGCGCAACAUUGUGAAGUUUGACCUGCGGACUCGAAUCAAAAGUGGUGAGGCGAUCAUCAAUAAUGCCAACUACCAUGACACAUCGCCCUACAAGUGGGGAGGUAAAACAGACAUCGAUCUGGCGGUAGAUGAGAACGGGCUGUGGGUGAUCUACGCCACAGAGCAGAACAACGGCAUGAUGGUAAUCAGCCAGCUGAACCCCUACACGCUACGUUUUGAGGCUACCUGGGACACGGCCUAUGAUAAGCGCUCAGCCUCCAAUGCCUUCAUGGUUUGUGGAGUACUGUAUGUGGUCCGCUCCACCUAUGAAGACAAUGAAAGUGAGGUCAGCAAGAGCCUGAUCGAUUACAUUUACAACACCAAACAGAACCGUGGGGAAUACGUCGAUAUCCACUUUCCCAACCAGUACCAGUACAUUGCAGCUGUGGAUUACAAUCCGCGAGAUAACCAGCUUUAUGUGUGGAAUAAUUUUUACAUCCUGAGGUACAAUCUGGAGUUUGGCCCACCUGAUCCAGCACAUGCUCCGCCACUGUCAGAAGUCACCACGUCUCCUCAGCCUCAGAGAACUACAACCACCACCACAACAACCACAGUGCACCGGGGUGUGGCCAACACUACCACCACAACAGGGCUCAAGGAGGGCAGCAGGGGAGCGCCCAAGCCGCCUCCUGUGAUUCCACAGACUACUUCCCCUCCACCCCUGGAGUCCUUCCCUUUACCUCAGCGCUACUGCGAGGCCACUGAGCAGAGAGACAUAAUGUGGCCUCAGACCCAGAGGGGCAUGCUCGUGGAGCGACCUUGCCCCAAGGGAACACGAGGCACAGCCUCUUAUUUAUGUGUCCUUUCCACUGGGGCCUGGCACCCAAAGGGCCCUGAUCUCAGCAACUGUACCUCCCACUGGGUCAACCAAGUAGCCCAGAAGAUCCGCAGCGGUGAAAAUGCAGCUAACUUGGCCAACGAGUUAGCCAAGCACACCAAAGGCCCCAUCUUUGCCGGGGACGUCAGCUCCUCUGUGCGCCUGAUGGAGCAGCUGGUGGACAUCCUGGAUGCUCAGCUACAGGAGCUCAGACCCAGCGAGAAGGAUUCUGCGGGACGGAGCUUCAACAAGCUUCAAAAACGAGAAAGGACAUGCAGGGCAUACAUGAAGGCCAUUGUGGACACAGUAGAUAACCUUCUGCGACCACAGGCCUUGAAGUCCUGGCAAGACAUGAACAGCACAGAACAAACGCAUGCAGCCACCAUGUUACUGGAUACUUUGGAGGAAGGGGCCUUUGUCCUUGCCGACAACCUCAUGGAACCUGCCUUUGUCAAAGUUCCUGCAGAAAAUAUAAUCCUGGAUGUGUAUGUACUUAGCACGGACGGCCAGGUUCAGGAUUUUAAAUUUCCACAAUCCAGCAACGAUGGUAUCUCGAUCCAGCUCUCGGCCAACACUGUCAAGCUCAACAGUCGGAAUGGAGUUGCCAAGCUGGUUUUUGUCCUCUACAAAAACCUGGGCCAGUUUCUCAGCACAGAAAACGCCACCAUCAAGAUGGCCAACGAAGCUUACGGCCGCAACGUGUCGGUGGCCGUCAACUCUGACAUCAUUGCUGCCUCAAUCAACAAAGAGUCCAGCCGUGUAUUCAUUAAUGACCCGGUGAUUUUUACCCUGAAGCACAUUGAUAUGGAGCGCUACUUCAACUCCAAUUGCUCCUUCUGGAAUUACUCUGAGAGGAGUAUGAUGGGCUACUGGUCCACCCAAGGCUGCAAACUCCUGGAUUCCAACGAAACACACACCACCUGCUCCUGCAGUCAUCUCACCAACUUUGCCAUCCUCAUGGCGCACCGUGAAAUCCCAGGUAAUGUCGGACCCCAUGAGCUACUUCUUACCGUCAUCACCCGCGUUGGGAUCGUGGUGUCCCUCGUCUGUCUCGCCAUCAGCAUCUUCACCUUCUGCUUCUUCCGGGGCCUGCAGAGUGAUCGCAACACCAUCCACAAGAACUUGUGCAUUAAUCUUUUCAUCGCCGAGUUAAUAUUCCUAAUUGGUAUCGAUAUGACGGGGCUCAAGAUUGGAUGCGCCAUCAUUGCGGGAAUCCUUCAUUUCUUCUUCCUGGCCUCCUUCUCCUGGAUGUGUCUCGAGGGGGUCCAGCUGUACCUCAUGCUUGUGGAGGUCUUUGAGAGUGAAUAUUCACGGAAAAAGUACUACUACGUGACUGGUUACCUCUUCCCCGCCAUCGUGGUCGGUGUCUCCGCAGCUAUUGACUACGGGAGCUACGGGACCGAGAAAGCGUGCUGGCUAAGAGUGGAUAAUCAUUUCAUAUGGAGCUUUAUAGGACCUGUCACCUUUAUCAUCAUGCUCAAUCUCAUCUUCCUGGUCAUCACAAUGUACAAAAUGGUGAAGCACUCUACCACCCUGAAACCAGACUCUAGCCGACUGGAGAAUAUAAAAUCCUGGGUCAUGGGCGCCUUCGCCCUGCUGUGUCUGCUGGGUCUGACGUGGUCCUUUGGUCUCUUCUUCAUCAAUGAGGCCUCGAUUGUCAUGGCGUACCUCUUCACCAUAUUCAACACCUUCCAAGGAAUGUUUAUCUUCAUCUUCCAUUGCCUUCUCCAGAAAAAAGUCCGCAAAGAGUACAGCAAGUGCUUCCGCCACACGUACUGCUGCGGAGGGCUGCCAACUGAGAGCUCACACGGUUCUGCAAAGACUUCCACAACACGGACCAGCGCGCGCUACUCCUCUGGUACACAGAGUCGUAUCAGGAGAAUGUGGAAUGACACCGUAAGAAAGCAAUCUGAGUCCUCCUUUAUCUCAGGUGACAUCAACAGCACCUCCACCCUUAACCAAGGAAUGACCGGGAAUUAUCUACUAACAAAUCCUCUUCUUCGACCACAAGGCACUAACAACCCUUAUAACACCUUACUGGCUGAGACAGUCGUAUGUAACACCCCCACGGCUCCAGUGUUUAACUCGCCAGUGACCUACAGAGAGACAAGGCACUCACUGAACAAUGCGGUGAGGGAUACGAGUGCAAUGGAUACUCUACCGCUAAAUGGUAACUUUAAUAAUAGCUACUCGCUCCGCAAUGGGGACUUUGGCGACAGUGUGCAGGUAGUAGACUGCGGCCUCAGUCUGGACGAUGCUGCCUUCGAGAAAAUGAUCAUCUCCGAGCUAGUACACAACAACCUGCGUGCCUGUAACAAAAGCCACCAACAGCAACAGCAGCAGCACCCCAGUUUACAUCAUCCGCCCCAUCACCAGCAGCCCCUGCAAUACCACCAUCACCACCACGUGGAGCGGGCUCCGCCCAAGGUGACGGUGAUAGGCGGCAGCAGCAGUGAAGACGACGCUAUCGUAGCCGAUGCUUCGUCUUUGGUGCACAUGGGUGACACAGUGGGCCUCGAGCUGCACCAUCAGCAGGAGCUGGAGGCGCCGCUCAUUCCCCAGCGGACUCACUCCCUUCUGUACGCACCCCAGAAGAAGGUGAGGACCGAUGGGGGAGUUGAUACCUUUGUCAGUGAGCUGACAUCCACCAACCCUGAUGAUAGUUUGCAGUCCCCAAACAGAGACUCCUUGUACACUAGUAUGCCUAAUCUUAGGGACUCACCAUACCCAGAGACCAGCCCCGAUGUGGUGGAGGACCUGUCCCCUUCUAAGAGGAGUGAGAAUGAGGACGUUUACUAUAAGAGCAUGCCUAACUUAGGAUCUGGCCACCAGCUCCAAGCCUAUUACCAGAUAGGUCGAGGGAGCAGUGAUGGUUACAUUAUACCCAUUACUAAAGAGGGCUCCAUCCCUGAAGGCGAUGUACGGGAAGGACAAAUGCAGUUAGUGACAAGCCUUUAAAUGUAUUUAAAUUGUCCUCAAACUUCUUCCUGCCCUUUUGCAGCCCUUACCUCUUGGAGGACACACCAGGAAAGGGAAGAGUUUGUUUUAUGUUUGAAGAGAGCCUAGAAGCCCCGUCAUACACACAAGCCAUUUACAAACCUCCCCUCCCCCAUCAGCAUUGCUAUCUCCUUUUCCCUAAACAUGCCACUCUUCCUACCUUCCCUGCAGACCAACAGACUUGGUGCACGGCGAUGGCAGUGCAAAGUUUUAAUGAGACUGUACAUAAAAUGCAGAGUCAAAUUUCCAUUUUAAGAGACAAGCCAACUAUGUAUUUAAAUGUGCUGCUGCUGUUGAAUAAUUGAGAGAAAUUUAAGGUACGAAAAUAAAAAAGACAAAAAAAAAACAAAAAACAAAGAAUAAUUACCGGCUACAUCAGAUCAGCAAUUUCCUGGUCAAAAGGUUGUACAUACACUCCCAAACAUGUUGAAGCCUGUUUGUUUUUUUGUUUUGUUUUGUUUUGUUUUUUAAUGUAAA